UUCUCUUUUGCUUCACUCCUAAAAUCUCUGCAAACAAAAAUCCCCAAAAACAGAAGCCGACGACUUCUCUCUUGAAGACUCCUAAAAUCUCUUGCUUCACUUCCCGUGGAUUUAGCUCACAAGCAAUGACGUCAACGAACCCUUCAAUUCACGUGAUCGAUCGAAGCCCUAGCUCAACAUCACUGGUCAUUGCAUGAGAUCUCACCGUUGCAGUUCCAUAGGAUUGAGCAAGUUUGUAAAGGGCAGCUGUGAAAUCCAGAAAAUGGCUGCAUAUGAAAGGGCAAGAGAUGAGCAAAUUGAAAAGAACUUGGCAAUGUUAGAGUCUCUUGGGAUAAAAGACCUAGUAGCUUCACUACCUGCCUUAUAUCGGAGUAGUCAAAGAAAAGGUACCAAGAAACGAAAGAGCAAGGUUGCUAUUGGCAAUGAUGAUGAAUUUUUACCCCCUGCCUGUGAGGAGAGUUUUGGUUAUUCUAGUGACAAUUCUUCUGGAUCUCAAGCUGACAAGGUCAAAUGUACAAGUAAAAGAAAGAAGAAAGGCAGUUCUGGUAAUCGUAUUUUGAGAGACUCGCAAGGAACUCGAGAAGAGAGGCAUAUCAUCGAGGGAGCAACCUCAACUCCAGCAACACAACCUUCAACUGAUCAUGUUGAGGGCAUGUCCGUGGUGGCUGCCCAACCUACUCAGCUUCCAUGUAUUGCCACCAACAAUGAGGGAUUAAACUGCACAGCACCGAGAAAACCUUGUAAGGGUGGACGUCCUCAAUCCAAUACAAAGAGAACUAGAGGAAUAUCACGAGGACUUGGGAGUCCAAAAGAGGUUGCUAGCUGAAGGAAAAAUAGGUGGUGUGUACUUUCCGGAUGACAAAUGGAAACCAAUGGGACAAAAUGCUCAAGUUUAUACAACUGAAGUAGGUGCUGUAUGUCGAAUGUUUGCGAAUUUAAGUAUCCCAUAUUGGAAAAACAUGACAGAUCAGGACAAGGAGCCAAUGUUUGUUCGUCUUGC